AUGAUCCAAAAAAGUGAGAAACUGGUAGUAAGAGCUGCUACUUUGAAACGUUUACUUGACAAAUGUAUAAGCCAUGAAUAUUUAAUCAAGCAAAUUCAUGCACAAUCCAUCACAUGUAAUCUCUUUACCCAAUCUCACCAAUCAUUUGCUUGCAAAUUGCUCAACGUAUAUACAAAACUGAACAAACCAUUCUAUGCCCACAAGGUGUUCGAUCAAAUUGCCCAACCAGAUAUUGUCUCCUGGACUUGUCUUUUAUCUCUGCAUUUGCAAUUACAAGAACCCACUAAAGCUUUCUCGCUGUUCGCCCGCUUGUUUUCGACUCCGAUGAAGCCCGAUUCGCAUUCUAUUGUUGCAGCUCUUUCAGCUUGUGCUAGAACUCAGGACCUGAUUAGUGGAAAAACAGUGCACGCGAUGGCGUAUAGAUUUCUUGAUCGAGCUGCACCGAUUGUGGGUAAUGCUCUGAUUGAUAUGUAUAGUCGAACGGAGAGAAUUUUGUUGGCUAUACGUGUGUUUGAUAGUAUGGAUGUUACGGAUGUUGCUACUUGGACUAGUUUGCUCAAUGGGUUUGUUGUAGCCAGGGAAAUAGAGUCAGCUUGGAAGUUGUUUGAGGAAAUGGAUUGUAGGAAUGCCAUUUCAUGGACGGUGAUGAUUGUGGGAUGUGUACGUGGUAAAGAACCGGUUGGGGCGUUGGAGUUGUUUAAAAGAAUGAGGAAGGAAGGCGUUGAUAGCCCGACCUCAGUUACCAUUGUCGCGGUGUUAUCUGGUUGUGCUGAUAUUGGAGCUUUAGAUUUUGGGAGGUCUAUUCAUGGAUAUGUGAAUAAAGUAGCUGGUUUUGCUAUGGAUGUUGGUGCAAAUAACGCGCUGAUUGAUAUGUACGCGAAAAGUGGGAAUCUUGAUUUUGCUAUGACGAUUUUUAAGGGAAUGAUAAAGAAGGAUGCUUUCUCGUGGACUAGUAUAGUUUUAGGUUUGGCACUUCACAGUAGAGGAAGAAAUGCCCUCGAGGUUUUCGAUGAGAUGUUGGAAUCUGGGGUGACUGCAAAUGAGGUAACUUAUCUCUCAGUUCUAUCUGCUUGUAGCCACGCUGGAUUAGUUAACGAGGGGAGGGAAUUAUUCAACAGGCUGAAGAAUGACACUAGUUGCGCGACUAAGAUAGAGCAUUACGGAUGUAUGGUGGACCUCCUUGGUCGUGCAGGUCAUUUAGAUGAAGCAGUGCGAUUGAUUCACCAUAUGCCUAUGAAACCAGAUGCUGUCAUAUGGAGGUCACUUCUGAGUGCCUCUGUCGCGAAUAGAAAUCUGGAAUUAGCUGAAAUGGCUGCCGGGAAAGCACUUGAACUAGAACCUCAUGAUGACGGGGUGUAUGUAUUACUUUGGAAUUUGUAUAACUCUGGUAAUAAGUUGGAAGAGGCCUCCAGGACAGUGAAGAUGAUGAGAGAUCAAAAAAUCAAGAAAAAACCUGGUUGUAGUUGGAUUGAAAUUAAUGGAAUUCUUCAUGAAUACGUGGCCGAAACAUCCAGACAACAUGUCUAUGAUGGGAUUUACAGGGUAUUAGAUACAAUUCUAAAGCAAUCAAAUUUGGACCUCGUUACUAAUCCUAAAGAAAUGUAA